AUGUUUGCUUUCUCGCGCCGGCGAAUGAAGCUUGGAAGGUCCAAGGGCCACAAGAGUGAUCCUUUGCACGGCUCUAGGAGCCCUGGGGGGCACGUCAGCCUGUCAAAUGGCGGUGACCCGAUCACAGCAUCGGUGAGUGGCCGUGCAGAUGACCUUGCUUAUCGCUGCUCUUCUGAUUCAUUUGAUCUCGAUGCCCGUGCAUUGGAUAGCUCGGAGAAUUGGGCGGUGUUGCCCACAGAGGGCGACAAACCUGCUCCUCGUUUCUCUCACGCGGCAGCCAUUAUAGGCAGCAAGAUGGUAGUUUUUGGUGGUGAUUCUGGUCACCAGUUGUUGGAUGAUACAAAGAUAUUGAAUCUGGAGAAGCUUACAUGGGAUUCUACCACCCCGAAAGUUCUUCCAUCGCCAAUUCGAUCUACUUCCAAGUUGCCAGCCUGCAAAGGUCAUUGUAUGGUUUCGUGGGGGAAUAGCGUUAUUCUUGUUGGAGGCAAAAGUGAGCCUGCUACUGAUCGUUUAUCAGUUUGGGCUUUCAAUACUGAAACAGAGAUUUGGUCACUGAUGGAAGCCAAGGGUGAUAUCCCUGCAGCUCGAAGUGGCCACACAGUGACCAGGGCAGGCGCUACGUUGAUACUUUUUGGUGGUGAGGACGCGAAAGGAAAGAAGCGACAUGAUCUUCACAUGUUCGAUCUCAAGUCAUCGACAUGGCUUCCUUUGAACUAUAAAGGCUCCGGACCUUCUCCUAGAUCCAAUCAUGUUGCUGCAUUGUAUGAUGAUAGGAUCCUUUUAAUAUUUGGAGGCCACUCGAAAUCCAAGACCUUGAAUGAUCUAUUUUCUUUAGAUUUUGAGACAAUGGUAUGGUCAAGGGUGAAGACAAAUGGUCCUCACCCAUCGCCUCGAGCAGGUUGUAGUGGAGCUCUAUGUGGAACUAAGUGGUACAUUACUGGUGGUGGAAGCAAGAAGAAACGACAAGCGGAAACCUGGGUUUUUGAUGUUCUAGAAUCGAAGUGGACUGUUCGUGCAGUACCGCCUAGUUCCUCAAUUACUACAAAGAAAGGUUUCAGCAUGGUUCCUUUGUACCACAGGGACAAGAUCGUUCUUGUUGCUUUUGGAGGAAACAAAAAAGAUCCAUCCGACAAGGUUGAAGUACUGGUGGUACUGCAAAACGACCAUUCUUAUAGCUGGCGGUCUGCCCCAGAUGUAGACCCAUUGCUGUAUGAAUAUUCUCCAAGCACCAAAGAGCUCGCCGGGCAUCUCAACAAAUGUGCUCCCUUGUACUCUAAUAGUUCUGUUGCAAGGCACAGUCUCACCUCUACAGUCGAGCGUGCGUCUAGAGAGGAGCAUGGAGCUCUGGGCACUUCGCUCCACAGGAAGUAUGGUCAGGUAGAAGACUGCAGCAGCUUAGCCCAAAAGCUUGAGAAACUGAUCGAUGAUGACAAAUACGAUGAUGUCGAUGACUGUUCUUCAUGUCCAGCAAGCACCCCGAAAGAUCACCGGAGCAAGAGGACAGGGGCCGAUACUCGGACUGACAUGGCCAGAACUGUAGCCGUCAAGGAAGAAAAUACUGACAACCAAGGACCAAGUGGAAGGAGGAUAGCCAGGAGCUCUUCAGACAUCAGCCAUCUGUACAACAACAAAAUAACAGAUUUGAUCAGAAGGAACGCGGCGCUUGAGGACCAGCUUGCAGCCGCACUGGCAAGCAAAGAGCAGGCAGAGAAGAACCUGUCCUUGGUCAUGAGUAGUAGGGAGCAGCUGGAGAAGAGGCUGGCCAGUAGGGGGAAAGAUGCUGAGCUGCUCAAGGAGAAGAUAGCAGGCUUGGAGUUGGCACAGGAGGAGUCUAACAGCCUGUCUAAUGCCGUGCACGCCGACAAUGUGCGCCUCGAGCGGGAAGUGGCGUUCCUCAAGGCCAUCGCGGAUGAGACCCGAAAGGAGAUGCAUUCCACCCGCAGAGUUUUGGCGGGAGAGCAGUCGCGGACGUUCCAGCUACAGGUCGAGGUGUUCCAUCUGAAGCAGGGGCUGCAGACGGCGGAAGGAAGAUCCGUAACGCCAAGGAAGCCUCAUAAUCCUUAG